UAAACAUCUAAAAAUAGGUACAUAAGUAUUCCGAGUCAGCAAAGAGCUAAAUACGUACAUAUGUACAAAAAUUGUGCCUAAUUAAGUAUUAGAAUAUAUAAUAUAAUUAAAAAAUGGAGCUAAAGGACAAUUGCGCAAUUUGCUGGGCCAAUAUGCGCAGGCAAAUGGUGGUUCGUCUACUGCCAUGUGGUCACUUAUUGCACCAAAAGUGUAACGGUCCUAUUAUUGAGUCCAAUAAGUGUCCUAUAUGCCGAGGAGAUGUGAAUGAAAACGAGAUUGUAGAACGCAAAAAGUAUUCGGUAUACAAUGAAGUCGACCGCGCACGCAUUGUUGAGGCUGCCAACAAAGCCGAAGAUUGGAGCAGCUUAGCAUCGUCAUUCGGAAUCAAUUACAAAACAGCAUACACUUGCGUGCGAUCUGGCAAAGGAGAAAGCAAACGAAGAGGAGGAGGGAAUGAAAAAGGUUGUCUGAAGACGAGGUCGACACGUUCUGGCAUACGAGCGGUUUUAACGCUGCCACCAUCAAGGGGACCCAACGUACACCUAAUUGGAGCCAUCAGUAUAUCCGGUGUACUGAGCAUGGAAACGCGGCGCGGGUCAUUUAAAAAAGAGAGCGCCGCUGAGUGGGUCCGCGGACUUUUUGAAAAAUGGACCAGCAUGGGCUACAUACUAAGCGAUUUAGUGUUAGUCUGCGACAAUGCACCAUUGAACAAGUGGUGGGUAGUAAUGGGUCACCCACCCUUUUGCGUCUAGGGCCAUAAUCGCCCAUGCUGAACCCCAUAGAAAAUGUUUGGGCUAAGGUAAAGAAUUAUGUAAAAUCGAAUAUAGGCGUUACAUCCGCGGAUGGACCUGGUGUGGUAGUAAGGCGACUGCAGUAUAUGUAACAAAUAAUACUGCAAGCGAAAGAAACCAUAUCUACUGCUGAUUGUGCUCGAGCUAUUCAGCAUUCAUCUAUUUUUUUGCAGAUUAUUUGGCAUUGCGCGACAUGCCUGUUGGCAUGUAAUAAACAUAUGUACAUCUACAUAAAUACUUAUACAUGUGUAAAUAAAA